GACUCAAUGAACAAAAAUCUUUGGUAUUUGCUAUCACUCUUGAUUUUAACAUUUCUCUAUUUAUCUUUUUUGGUUUCCUUAUAGUGCUAUAGUUUUGUACAAGAAUACCAUGAACACACCUAUGUUGAAGAAGAAAGUGUCCUGGGAGAACAUGGCGGGCAUCCCGAUGCAAAAAGGGAGUGUAGACUGUGGCUUGUUUGUAAUGCGAUACAUGAAAGAGAUCUGUCAGGAUAAGGAGGUUCAAUUUGCUUCAAAG